AUGUGUGGCUGCAUGCACAGUACCCAGGACCAAGCACUCCAAUCGGAAGGGGAGCCCAAUACAUCUGCAGCUGCAGCAUCCACUGUAGCAUCCAGGAAAAUGCCAAAAAGCAUUUCAACAUCCAAACAACUCACUUCAAUAAAAGCUCUGGAGAAGGGCUCAGAUCUGGAAAAAGCCAUUGCCACUGCUGCUCUGAUUUUCAGGAACUCUUCUGACCCGGAUGGUAAACUUGCAAAAACUACUGCCAAACAUCUUCUGCAAACCCAAUUUAGGAAUUUCACAGAGGGACAAGAAACCAAACCAAAAUACAAAGAAAUCCUUGCUGAACUUGAUGAGCAAACAGAAAAUAAACUCGACUUUGAGGACUUUAUGAUCUUACUCUUAAGCAUCACUAUCAUGUCAGACUUGCUACAAAAUAUAUGGAGUCCAAAAACUAUGAAAUAA